UAACUAGACGACGACUUCUUUUUAACUGCAAGAGCCGAGGCAGUGAGCAACGCCAAGUCGUGAAUGGUGACGAGGCGUCCGCUUUACCUUACCACCAAAAAUGUAAAAUUUUCCCGCCUUCUUCUUUCCCGCAUCUGGACACCAAAUUUUUAGGGUUUUUUAUUUUUUUUUGCAAAAGAAGAAACACAGUGGCCGUUCCUCUUUCGAAUCUCCGUCGAAGAAAGAAAACCGAAAGAGGCAUGGACGUGAUUCAGAUUGCUCAGCUGUUGAACCAGACGCUUAGCCCCGAUGGCAACGUGGUUCGUUCCUCAACCGAAGCUCUUGAUCGCCUCUCUUCACUCCCUCACUUCCCUUUCGCUCUCCUCUCCAUCACCGCCGGAGGUGAAAAUCAAGGGCAAAGAGUCGCUGCUUCUACUUAUCUAAAAAAUUUCGCUAGGCGAAACAUUGAGGUCCAUGAUGGUUCAUCUUCGAAAGUCAGCACGGAGUUCAAGGGCCAGCUAAUGCGAACUUUGCUUCAAGCGGAACCUUCGGUUCUAAAAGUUUUAGUCGAAGCGUUUCGAAUCAUUGUUGUUGCCGAGUUUGUUAAGCAGAAUUCUUGGCCGGAACUUGUGCCUGAACUGCGGUCCGCUAUUCAAAGUAGCAAUUUCAUAAGCAAUGGCGCAAACUGUGAAUGGAGUACCGUCAAUGCCCUUACAGUUCUUCAUGCCCUUGUUAGACCUUUCCAGUACUUUUUGAAUCCUAAAGUUGCUAAGGAGCCAGUACCACCACAGUUGGAACUAAUUGCCAAGGAAAUUCUUGCACCCUUGAUGACAGUGUUUCAUCAUAUUGUUGAAAAGGCUAUAGCUACCCACAGUAGAACAGAAUUGGAAACAGAGAAGGUCCUUCUCCUCAUAUGCAAAUGCGUAUAUUUUUCGGUGAGGUCAUAUAUGCCAUCCGCUGUAGCUGCUCUUCUGCCUUCCUUCUCUCGUGGUCUAAUUCGAAUUCUGGGUUCAUUGAGUUUGGAUCAUGGUGAUACUUCAGAAGAUGAGUACUUGCUGAGGUUGAAGACUGGAAAGAGGGCUUUGCUAAUUUUCUGUUGCUUGACAACCCGCCACCGGAAGUAUUCUGAUAGGUUAAUGCCAGACAUCAUAGACUGUGUUCUGAAGAUAGUCAAUUGUAGCCCAAAUGUCAGUAAGCUUGAUUUUCUAUCAGAGAGGAUUAUUUCACUAGCUUUUGAUGUGGUUUCACAUGUUCUGGAGACAGGCCCUGGUUGGAGAUUAGUUUCACCCCAUUUUUCAUUUUUGUUGGAGUCUGCAAUCUUCCCAGCAUUGGUGCUGAAUGAGAAGGAUAUAUUAGAGUGGGAAGAAGACGCAGAGGAGUACAUUCGGAAGAAUCUGCCAUCUGAACUUGAAGAAAUUUCUGGAUGGAGGGAGGAUUUAUUUACGGCCAGAAAAAGUGCAAUAAACUUACUUGGUGUUAUUUCAAUGUCAAAGGGGCCUCCAAUUGGGAGUUCUAAUAAUGGCUCUUCAGCUUCAUCGAAGCGCAAGAAAGGCGAAAAGAAUAAGAAAAACAAUCAGCAUUCUAUUGGGGAGUUGUUGGUUCUUCCAUGUUUAUCAAAAUUUCCCAUUCCUUCAGAUGCUACCGCUUCUGAGCCUAGAAUUUUGAAAGAUUGUUUCGGUGUUCUGAUGGCAUAUGGUGGCCUGCAGGAUUUUCUAAGGGAGCAAAAACCUACAUAUACAACAACUUUGGUCCUUACUCGGGUGCUACCGUUGUUUUCUGUUUCUGUCUGCCCACCAUACUUGGUUGCUGCUGCAAGUUGGGUGCUUGGGGAGCUUGCAUCAUGUCUGCCUGAAGAGAUAAGUGCAGACAUCUAUUCUUCAUUGCUUAAGGCAUUGGCAAUGCCUGAUAAAGAGGAUACUUCUUGUUACCCUGUGCGAGUAGCUGCUGCAGGGGCAAUUGCUGGGCUUCUUGAUAAUGAGUAUCUGCCACCUGAGUGGUUACCUCUUCUUCAAGUUGUAAUUAGUAGGAUUGGAAAUGAAGAUGAAGAAAACAUCAUUUUAUUUCAGCUUCUCAAUUCUGUGGUGGAGGCAGGAAAUGAAAAUAUAGUAGUUCAUAUUCCUCAUAUUAUCUCAUCAUUGGUCGAUGCCAUCUCAAAGUCCAUACAUCCUAGCAUGGAGCCAUGGCCUCAUGUGGUUGUCCGUGGCUUUGAAGCAUUAGCAGUGAUGGCUCAAUCUUGGGAAAACUUCAUGCUUGAAGAGGUUGAACAAAAUGUCUCAAGGGAAAAGCAGGCAUCUGGUCAAGCUGCCAUUGGUAGAGCUUUAUCAGCUCUUCUGCAACGGGCUUGGUUCACAGUUUCAUUGGAAGCUGAGGCAUCUCACCCUCCAUCAUGCAUAGAUCAUUCAUCGACAUUGCUGCAGUCCAUUAUACUCUCUGUUACUGGAAGCCAUGUAAUUGUAGAUCUUAAACUAUCAGAAUUGCUACUAGUUUGGGCUGACUUGAUAUCAGACUGGCAUGCUUGGGAAGAAUCAGAAGAUAUGUCUGUCUUUGACUGCAUCAAGGAAGUUGUUAGUUUGCACAGUAAGUAUGGACUAGAGAAUUUUACUGUUAGACAGAUGCCACCUGCUCCUGCUCCACCUGUGCCACAAAGAUCCAUCAUUGAAGCAAUAAGUUCAUUUGUCAGUGCGGCCAUUUUACAAUACCCGGCUGCAACAUGGAGAGCUUGCUCAUGUGUUCACAUAUUAUUACACGUCCCAAAUUAUUCAUAUGAAACAGAAGGUGUGAAGCAAUCACUAGCAGUUGUCUUCAGUCAGGCAGCAUUUUCUCGUUUCAGAGGAGUAAGAAGCAAGCCAUGUUCACCAUGGAAGCCUCUCUUGCUUGCUAUCGCAUCAUGCUAUUUAUAUUAUCCUGAUACUGUGGAGGCAAUAUUGGAGAGGGAGGGAGAUGGAGGCUUUGCAAUGUGGGCAUCUGCACUGGCUUUGCACUCUUCUGAACUUGGUCUGUCAGCAAAGUCAGAGAUAAAGUUGAUGGUGAUGACACUGGCAAAGAUGAUAGAGAGGUUGUUGGGAGUAGGUAAUCCAAGUGAUGGCUUGUUGCGAGAUUGCUUUAAUUCACUGAUUGAGACAUCUGUACAAUUGAAAGAACUGGAUGAAGAAAUGGAAGAUGAACAAAAUGAUGGAGAAUCUGAAGACGAUGGUAACGAUGAUGAUGAUGAAGAAAUCCAAGACGAUGAUGAGGAAUCUGAGAGUGAACUUGAAGAAACUGAGGAACAGUUUCUGGAAAGGUAUGCACAAGCAGCUUCUGCCUUGGAGAAUGAUAUCGUUGAAGAAGGGGAUUUGGAAGAUCAAGACCUUGAGAUUGAGUUGGGUACCUUGGAAGAAGUUGAUGAACGGGGAAUCAUCUUAUCAUUGAUAGGGAGAUACCAGCAUGCUCUUAUUCAAGGACAAGCUUUAUCAUCCCAGCUUGUUUCAAAUUUCAUUAAUGCCUUCCCCGACUCUAGUUCCUUCUUCCAGCAAUCCAUGUAAAUGCUUGUACAGGGAAGAAGGUGGAGAAAUUCGUAAUUUAAAUAAUUUUUUAACCUUGAUUGGUAAUAUUUUAUUAUUAUUAUUACUACUUUUGGAUGUGCAAGAGUUUGAGGUGUUGUCGGAAGGAAGUUGCUCUGCAUUUGCAUGUAAAGGAAAAAAAGUUAGUGUCUUAAUAUGUAAGGUUGCGGAGAAUUGAAUCAAUUUGAAUGUUGUGAGAAGUAAAUUUGGUGUCAGAAA